AUGAAGUGGAGGGUUGUGGCAAUUGAGGACAAAUCAACGGAUCCAGGUAUAGUUAGUCAAUCAGGAACUUCAUUAACAACUGUCACAACUUUCCCACCAACAAUAAUUACUCAAUUUACUAGUACUUGGACUAUAACAAACUCAGAAGGAUCAGUUGAAAUUGAAUCAGGUUUAGUUAGUCAAUCCGGAUCAUCAUUAACAACAGUUACUACUUUCCCACCUCCAGUAUCUACUCAAUUUUUUAGUACCUGGACCGUCACCAAUUCAGAUGGAUCAGUUGAAAUUGAAUCAAGUUUAGUUAUAUCUACUCAAUUUACAAGUACUUGGACUGUCACCAAUUUAGAUGGAUCAGUUGAAAUUGAAUCAGGUUUAGUUAGUCAAUCCGGAUCUUCAUUAACAACUGUUACUACUUUCUCACAACCAAUAUCUACUCAAUUUACUAGUACUUGGACUAUAACAAACUCAGAAGGAUCAGUUGAAAUUGAAUCAGGUUUAGUUAGUCAAUCCGGAUCAUCAUUAACAACAGUUACUACUUUCCCACCUCCAGUAUCUACUCAAUUUACUAGUACUUGGACCGUCACCAAUUUAGAUGGAUCAGUUGAAAUUGAAUCAGGUUUAGUUAGUCAAUCCGGAUCUUCAUUAACAACUGUUACUACUUUCUCACUUUCCCACCACCAUUACUACUUUCUCACUUUCCCACCACCAGUAUCUACCCAAUUUACAAGUACUUGGACUGUCACUAAUUUAGAUGGAUCAGUUGAAACUGAAGGUAUACUAUCCGGAUCUUCAUUAACAACUGUUACUACUUUCCCACAACCAAUAACUACUCAAUUUACUAGUACUUGGACCGUCACCAGUUUAGAUGGAUCAGAUCAAACUGAAUCAAGUAUAGUUAAUGGAUCAGUUGAAACUGAAGGUAUAGUAUCCGGAUCUUCAUUAACAACUGUUACUACUUUCCCACAACCAAUAUCUACUCAAUUUACUAGUACUUGGACUAUAACAAACUCAGAAGGAUCAGUUGAAAUUGAAUCAGGUUUAGUUAGUCAAUCCGGAUCAUCAUUAACAACAGUUACUACUUUCCCACCUCCAGUAUCUACUCAAUUUUUUAGUACCUGGACCGUCACCAAUUCAGAUGGAUCAGUUGAAACUGAAUCAAGUUUAGUUAGAUCAGUUGAAAUUGAAUCAGGUUUAGUUAGUCAAUCCGGAUCAUCAUUAACAACAGUUACUACUUUCCCACCUCCAGUAUCUACUCAAUUUACUAGUAUUUGGACUAUAACAAACUCAGAAGGAUCAGUUGAAAUUGAAUCAGGUUUAGUUAGUCAAUCAGGAACUUCAUUAACAACUGUUAGUACUUUCCCACCUCCAGUAUCUACUCAAUUUUUUAGUACUUGGACCGUCACCAGUUUAGAUGGAUCAGUUGAAAUUGAAUCAGGUUUAGUUAGUCAAUCCGGAUCAUCAUUAACAACUGUUACUACUUUCUCACCUCCAGUAUCUACUCAAUUUUUUAGUACUUGGACCGUCACCAGUUUAGAUGGAUCCGUUGAAACUGAAUCCGGUAUAGUUAGUCAAUCCGGAUCAUCAUUAACAACAGUUACUACUUUCCCAGCAUCCAUUACUCCAGGAGUUACUACUCAAUAUCCCACAACUUGGACAGUCACUAAUUCAGAUGGAUCCGUUGAAACUGAAUCCGGUAUAGUUAGUCAAUCAGGGUCUUCAUUAACUACUGUUACUACUUUCCCAGCAUCCAUUACUCCAGGGGUUACUACUCAAUAUACUACAACUUGGACCGUCACUAAUUCAGAUGGAUCCGUUGAAACUGAAUCCGGUAUAGUUAGUCAUUCAGGAUCUUCAUUAACUACUGUUACUACUUUCCCACAACCAAUAACUACUCAAUAUACUAGUACUUGGACCGUCACCAAUUCAGAAGGAUCAGUUGAAACUGAAUCAGGUAUAGUUAGAUCAGUUGAAAUUGAAUCAAGUAUAGUUAGUCAAUCCGGAUCUUCAUUAACAACUGUUAGUACUUCCCCACAACCAAUAACUACUCAAUUUACUAGCACUUGGACCGUCACGAAUUCAGAUGGAUCAGUUGCAACUGAUUCAGUUAUAGUUAGUCAAUCCGGAACUUCAUUAACAACUGUUACUGCUUCUCCACCACCAAUACCUACUCAGUUUACAAGUGCUUGGACUGUCACUAAUUCAGACGGUUAG